GCCAUUUAUCGAUAAACAAACAACGACUAAUUUCGCAGCCGCAACAAGUGGAUUUUAUUUGAAAUAGUUAUUUUUCUAUAAUUAUGUCGCUCUCCCGACUGAACACACUGAUGAAGCUGGCACCCCAAUCGGCAGCUGCCGCCUCCACCGUCAUGCGAUCUCCCCAGCGGAACCUCUCCGCCCAAUCCCAGCCAGAAUCCGGGGUCACCGGUGGCCACCAUUUCAAAACCCUGGCCAUCAGUUCACCCAAACCCUUCGUCUUCCAUGUGGAGCUGCAUCGUCCCAACAAAUUCAAUGCCAUCAACAAGCAGAUGUGGCUGGAGAUCAAGGAGUGCAUCGAUGGACUGGCCAUUAAUCCGGAUUGCCGUGCCAUUGUGGUUUCCGCUGCGGGCAAGCAUUUUACCGCCGGAAUCGAUCUGAAUGACAUGAUGAACCUGGGCCAAACGCUGGCCGAGACGGAUGACUAUGCCCGCAAGGGCGUCGUUUUGGAGCGCAUGAUCAAGCUGUACCAGGAUUCGAUUAGCAGUCUGGAACUCUGCCCCAAACCGGUGAUCACAGCGGUUCACAAGGCUUGUAUAGGAGCAGGAGUCGAUCUGAUUACCGCCUCCGACAUUCGCUACGCCACCGAGGACGCCUUCUUCCAGGUGAAGGAGGUGGACAUCGGCAUGGCCGCCGAUGUGGGCACCCUGCAGCGUCUGCCCAAGGCGGUGGGCAGUCAAUCUUUGGCCCGCGAGCUCUGCUACACGGGUCGCAAGUUCGAGGCGUCGGAGGCCCAUUCCUCGGGCCUCGUGAGUCGCCUCUUUCCCGACAAGGAGUCCCUGCUCAGCGGCGCCUUGGCUCUGGCCGAGCAGAUAGCCAGCAAAAGUCCCAUUGCCGUGAAGACCACUAAGGAGAGCAUCGUCUACUCGCUGGAGCACACCAAUCAGGAGGGUUUGGAUCACAUUCGCCUGCUGAACAAGCUGAACCUGCUGUCGGAGGACUUUGCCCAGGCCGUGGCCGCCCAAUUGACCAAGGACGAGAAGCCCGUGUUCGCCAAGCUGUGAUUUACCAUGUAUUUACAAUCUAAAAUACACCAGCUGCCUUUAUGACUAGGAA